AUGAAGGAUAGCGAAUUCGCAGAGUUGCCGCGUGUUUCCUCGCUGUCUCGGGAGGAAGAGACUCGCCGAGCAAUGAAACCUGUGUGGAUGCUCACCUAUUGGGGUUGGGGAUUGAUGUUCACCGCCGCCCUCUUCUUCAUUGUCGCUUCUCUCUUUGGUCCGGUUCCAUCUCUUCGCGCCCCUGUUGAACUCAUCCAUGCUGAAUACGUGGUCUCCAAGGCUGCUCACCAGCUCGCCAUCCGAGCUGACUGUAAUGAGACUGCCGCUCUGUUCGAAUCCGCUGCCGAUGCAAUCACAGCCAAUGCUCUGGGACUUUCAGGAACAAUCUCUGCAUCUAGACUCGUCACGGAAGCUUCCCAGCUUUCCACAGCUGCCUCUGCUCAGUCUGCCACAGAGAUUGCCGCGGAAAGUGUUCCCAUUUCCACCCAAACUGCCCUCUCAACCAUUUACAGCAUCAAAAGCACAUCCGAGGAACGCACCUUGACCAGCACCACAACCGGCACCACAACCAUUACUGUAUCACCUGUCCAGUACACCGAAGCUAGUGUCACCGAUGAUACUUGCCCGGCAGGCGUUACAGAAACAGUUGUGGUCACGGUAUAUCCUGCCCCAGACGUAACCGUCACCGCGGGAGCUUCCACUGUCACCAACGUCAACACCCAAGUUUCCUACACGAGUGGUCUACCAGACGUCACUCUCUCCGGCAACCCAUCCACUUACACUGCCAUUCAAACAGACGUAUCGUUAACCACCGGUCCCCCAGACGCCACCGUCUCCCAGGAUCCCGCAACGGUCACCAAUGUCCAAACAGACAUCACUUACACCACUGGACCUCCAGAUGCCACCGUCUCUCAAGACCCUUCCACCGUGACAGACGUCCAAAUCAGUUGGAGCUGGCCUCUCACUAGCACCUACGCCACGCCCGUCACAACCCUCACCAUCUCUGACCUCUGGGGCUCACCACCACCCGUCAGCGUCUCCGACCAACCCAGCCUCUCUACCUUCACAACCAUCAUCUCCUCCCAGGUAACCAUCACCAUCACCCCCAGCGAGAGCGUUUCCUCCUCCCUCGCAGGCGAAGUAACCUCCCUGUCCCCCUCCCCAACGAGCACAUACACCGAAACCGUCACCGAAACAGGCGGACCACCAGCCGUUGAAACCACCACCGUUGACGUUUACCCUCCCGCUUACACAAGCUACAACACUACAUCCACAUCCACCUCCAUUACCACCCCAAUCAUCAUCUCAGCUGGCAAUAAACGCCCAGAGCCAAAAGGAUGGGGUGGCAGCAACGGCGGUAGCAACGUCGCCUGCACAAUCAUGCUCAUCGCCGUCUUCAUGUUCAUGCUUUGA